UUUUUAGAGAGUUUUCAUCACACAACACUUUAAAAAUGAGAGAAGUCAUAUCUAUUCACGUUGGACAAGGAGGUAUUUAAGUUGGUAAUGCCUGUUGGGAAUUAUUCUGUCUUGAACAUGGAAUUCAACCAGAUGGUUAAAUGCCAUCAGAUAAGACAAUCGGAGGAGGAGAUGAUGCCUUCAACACCUUUUUCUCAGAAACAGGUGCAGGAAAGCACGUUCCAAGAGCUGUCUUUUUGGAUUUGGAACCAACAGUUAUUGAUGAAGUCAGAACAGGAACAUACAGAUAAUUAUUCCAUCCAGAAUAAUUGAUCUCAGGAAAGGAAGAUGCUGCCAAUAACUUUGCUAGAGGUCACUAUACAAUUGGUAAAGAAAUUGUUGAUUUGUGUUUGGACAGAAUCAGAAAGUUAGCUGAUAACUGUACAGGUCUUUAAGGAUUUUUGGUAUUCCACUCAGUCGGAGGAGGAACAGGAUCAGGAUUAGGAUCACUUUUAUUAGAAAGAUUAUCAGUUGAUUAUGGUAAGAAAUCAAAAUUAGGUUUCACAAUCUAUCCAUCACCAUAAGUAUCAACAGCAGUUGUUGAACCAUAUAACUCUAUCUUAUCAACACAUUCAUUGUUGGAACACACUGAUGUUUGUGUUAUGUUAGAUAAUGAAGCCAUCUAUGAUAUUUGCAGAAGAAACUUAGAUAUUGAAAGACCAACAUAUACAAACUUAAAUAGAUUGAUUGCUUAAGUCAUUUCUUCAUUGACAGCUUCAUUGAGAUUCGAUGGUGCUUUGAAUGUUGAUAUCACUGAAUUCUAAACCAAUUUAGUGCCAUAUCCAAGAAUCCACUUUAUGCUUUGCUCAUAUGCUCCAAUCAUCUCAGCUGAAAAAGCAUAUCAUGAAUAAUUAUCAGUUGCUGAAAUCACAAACUCAGCCUUUGAACCAGCCAAUAUGAUGGCUAAAUGUGAUCCAAGACAUGGUAAAUACAUGGCUUGCUCUAUGCUUUACAGAGGUGAUGUCGUCCCCAAGGAUGUCAAUGCUGCUAUUGCCACCAUUAAAACAAAGAGAACAAUCUAAUUCGUUGAUUGGUGCCCAACUGGAUUCAAAGUAGGAAUCAACUAUCAACCACCAACAGUCGUACCAGGAGGUGAUUUGGCUAAAGUUAUGAGAGCUGUUUGUAUGAUCUCCAACUCAACUGCCAUUGCUGAAGUUUUCUCCAGACUUGAUCAUAAAUUCGAUCUUAUGUAUGCCAAGAGAGCAUUCGUCCACUGGUAUGUCGGUGAAGGUAUGGAAGAAGGAGAAUUCUCUGAAGCCAGAGAAGAUCUUGCCGCCUUAGAAAAGGAUUAUGAAGAAGUUGGUAUUGAAACCGCUGAAGGAGAAGGUGAAGAAGGAGAAGCAUGAUCAAUCAAUAUAUAUAAAUAAAAACAUUAUUCAAAUUAUUUUAC